UUUAAUUUAGCUUUGGAGAGAAUACAAGCGAUUCAGGAUCAGAAAUUAACACAAGUUUUGGACGAGACUUAUUAAAACAAGUUUGCAAGAAUCAGUUACCACAAAAAAGGCAGAUUUUCGAUGAAAGUACAGAAAGUGACAUUUCUGAUAUCUUAAAUGACAUGGACGAUGGAUACCUUGACGAGGCCGUAAGUUAUGAUAAGAGUGGCCCGACACCACCCAAGCAGGGAAGGUCACUUUCUCCGCGGCCAAAUGGUAGCAUUGCCCAACCAUCUAAUUCGUUCAAUUAUAAAUCGUAUUCGCCAAAAAUUACCACCCAAAACUCAAGCAGCAUCAAUGAAAAUAUGCCCACACACGUAGUCGACGGAGAUAAUGUUCUUCCAUUAACUCACACGAUAAGUUUUUAUCGAAGACAGCAACCACAGACCACCGUUACCCCAGUUCGACAAGUUAUAAGACAACCAUCUCUUGAGGAGCAACCUGAAGCUGAAGCGCUAGAAGAAGGAGUUGACAAAAAAAUACAGGCCCUUUUGGAUGAGGUAUCAAAACAACAAACUGUUAUUUCACAAACGAGCCAGGCUCUUAAUUUGUGUUAUUCAACCCUAGAAUUUACAGGAUCAACUGAACAAGUUGAGGCUGAAAAAGUGUUAUUAUUAGCCACUCAUAGGAGACAGGCGGCACUUCACGAAAUACAAAGAUUAAAAGUAGAGGGAACUUUAAGACCAAAAUCUACUAGAACUGCUGGCUUUCAUGUAGAAAAGGGAACACUAACCAUUUCAAAUGUAGUUUUGCCUUUGAAGAGGGAAUAUGCCAGGGCAUUAGCCGCAGCAGGAGGAAAAGGACAUCACGUUAUCUGUCUUGUAAAAUGCGAUGAACAAGUUGUAUCUACUCAACUUGUGUCCACAGUGGCUGGCUCACUUAAAAAUCUUGAACUAGAACUGAACAUUCCUGGAACGAUCGUUUUGGAAAACGUUCGGGGCGAUUUCACUGUAACUUUCGAGGUAUAUUGCCUCCAAGCACAGGAGGAAAUAUUACCACACGAAGUUAAAUAUCACAUACAUAAAAAGCAAGGAAAGGUAACUCCGAAGAAACCAAAGGCCGAAAAUCGUAUGAUUAAGCCACCUAAAGAAUCUCCAGCUGGUCCUCAAGCUGUUCGGUCUCCUACUUUUGCACUUAUAGGAUAUGUGGUUUUGUCCAUACAAGCAACUAAGAAAAAACAGUGGACCUUAAAUAAGACUCCUUCGAUGAGUCCCCUCGAGGGAACAGUCCAAAUGACUAUAAACUACAAACCUCAAAUAACAGUGAAACAUAAAGGUUUUUUGACAAUGUUUGAAGACGUUUCUGGUUUUGGAGCGUGGCAUCGUAGAUGGUGUAUGUUAGAAAAAGGAGUUCUCGUCUAUUGGAAAUAUCCAGACGACGAAAAGAAAAAGGAACCGAUAAAUUCUAUAGAUUUAAAUUAUUGUGCCACAGAAAAAGUAGGACCAGUCAGCAGAGAAAUUUGUGCAAGAUUAAACACAUUUCUUAUUGAAAUAGAACGCGAUGCUCAGCCUCAAGAUAAAGAGAGUCUUGUCACAAUAAGAAAAGGGAAAAAGACAAUUAUAAGGCAUUUACUUUCGGCCGACACAAAAGAGGAAAGAAUUGAAUGGUGUGAUGCAUUCAAUAAAGCCUUGGCAGCACUUAGAUUGUCAAAAUAAUCCAAUUAUUAUUUCACAUUUACUAA